GUAACAAACUACGUUUCUGUGAAUGAACUUCUUCUGCGCUCCAGUUAUAUCCUGAAAGGGACUGUUUUCUCAUUGACUUCUACUCAGGCGCUAACAUGUUUGAGAAAAGACAUUCUUCCAUGCUCCUGGUGACACUGGUAUUGCUCAUGGCUGCAAAUGCCUUCAGCAAAAAAUGCCCUUCCACCAAGGAAAUGUUCCGAUUUUCGCAAAAUAUAAGACUCAGAGUAAAUUUCAGCAGCAUCAGGCUGAAGAACACCGAAAAUGGACAGAUGCACCUCCGCUCUAUUUCUCCUUGGAACUACAGCAUUAACAUGGAUGAAAAACGAUUCCCUGCUGCCAUUAACGUAGCCAGAUGCCUUCAUACCAACUGUUUGGAUUCAGAGGGGAACAUAGACUUCAGUCUCGUAUCUGUCCCUAUCCUACAGGAGAUGUUUGUUCUGCGCAGGGAGGUGAAAGGCUGUACCACGUGCUUCUGGCUGGAGAAGCAAACUGUCCCCGUGGGCUGCACAUGUGUUAGGGCACAUGUUGAAGUCUGAUCCGACAGCAAUGAAACCAGCCGCGCAGCGACUCAAUAUAGCUUGUGUCACUAUACGGAAACUUUUUUCCUCUUAAUGUUUUGAAAAUUAUAGAUCACCUAGAUGGACCUAUUCUAAGCAACUUUCCAGUUGGUCUUUGUUCCUUUUAUUGUUAAUGUUUUUUUUUUUUUUUAAAUCUAAUUCUUUUGAGCCUGUAACUGAAAAUUCGCUCUGGUUUUCUGGGUUACUGAAUCCGGCAACCAAAAUAACAGGCCUAAAUGAAGACCAAUUGCAGAUUGUCUAAAAAUACCAAUUGUCCACUAAAAGUUGACUAAUUCCCUGUAGAGUUGCCUAUCCCUCUCCCCAACUGCAAUACUAGGAACCCCUUAAAUUUCCCUGUUUUCUGCUUUUUAGAACAAGGUAAGAAAAUGGGGAGGUUUAGGAGGUCCCCGGUAAUGCAAGUCAGGAGAUUGGGGAGGGGGAAAAACUAUUAUGAAGAGUUAAUUGUUUUCUUAAGGCUGAGUGUGCUUCCAGUUCUGUAAGCAAGUCCAGGGGUGGGACAACAGUCACAUAGUUACAAAGUUAAAUCAGGUUGAUGAAAAGUUAAAUCAAAUGAAACCCAGCAUCCAUACAUACAA